AUGAGAUCAGAUACAUCUGGUGGCAGGGGGGUUUCCUAAAAAAAAUCAUAAGCCAAAACUGAACACAAUAACAACGAGUCCGAACUCCGAACUCCGAAGAUGCCCCUGCCGCCUUUGAUUCGUACGUCUGCCUCAUAUAUAGGGUUGUCCCUGCACCUGCACCUGCACUUCCAGCCUUCCAGGAACACAGGAAAGAUGGAGAAGCAUAUGGCGGAAACCAUGAUCGAAUUCGACAGGCGGAUCCCCGACGCCCUCCGCGCCGCCUUCGGCAUAUACCGCGCAUCGCGGCGGACCACCGGCCAACAGGACGACGCAGCUAACCUCGCCGCGGUGCUGCUCGCGCCGCUCGACGACGACGGCGCCAGCGACCCCAUAACCAGUGACUGCGACAAGAAUCCCAUGGCCAUGGACUGCGCCAGCGAUCCCAUAGCCAUGGGCUGCGACCUGGCGAUGGAGUUGGGGUCAUGCUACAUAAAGAAGCACGACGAGGACGAUCACUUCGGGCACGCCGAGGCCUGCGUUAUUGGCGUGGCGGACGGCGUCGGCGGGUAUCGUAGCCAGGGCGUCGACGCGUCGGCGUUCUCUCGCGGGCUCAUGAACAACGCCUACGCGGAGGUGGCGAAGGCCCCCGUGCCUGGCACGCGCUUCUGCCCCCGCGCGCUGCUGGAGCGGGCGCACCAGAUGACGGCCGCGGCGCAUACGCCUGGCGCGUCCACGGCGGCAAUCGUCUCCCUCGUCGGCAGCACCCUCAAGUGGGCCUUCGUCGGCGACAGCGGAUUUGCGGUGCUCCGCGGCGGCAGGAUCCUGCGCCGCUCGCCAACGCAGCAGCACUACUUCAACUGCCCCUACCAGCUCAGCUCUAGGCAAGACAGAACCAGGGUCGCCGACGCGUUGGUCGGCGAGGUAGCGGCGAAGGAAGGCGACAUUGUGAUUCUGGGCACGGACGGGUUGUUCGACAACGUGUUUGACGACGAGAUCGAGGGCAUCGUGCGGAUGGGCACGACGCUGGGGUUCGCGCCACUGAACAUGGCGGAGGUCCUAGCGGGCUUCGCUUGCGAGGCUGCGGGCUGCGACUACAGAGACUCGCCGUACAGCUACUUGGGCCGGAGACAGCUAGGGAAGAGUCUCAUGACGGGAGGGAAGCCGGAUGACAUCACUGUAGUCGUCGCCUACAUUGUACCUCCUAAAAUAUAGUCCAUUCUUAGGGGUGUUUGCUU